CAUGAACUUUCGUAAGCUAAAGCAACAUGUCGUUUUCGUAACUUUUUUGUUCAGAUUCAAGGAAACUUACACAAAACAAAACAUAACCUGACUGAGCAGAAUCCAAGAAUUUCAGUUCAUUCAUAGAACCACCAUAGAUCUCCAAUCCAUGUAAAUCCAAAUCUUCAGAUUCUGUAUUUUACAUUCGCCACAGCCAUGGCUCAAGGUGAUAUUCCCGAUGUCAAGUUUCCGCUUGAAGAACCAUACUCUCAAGACCUAGAUUCCAUCUCUCAAUGGUGCGCCUCCAUCACCGACGCUUCCGAAAACCACAAUUGCAACCCCUUUGCCUCAACCUCAUUCCCUUGUUCUCAGGUGGCCCUAGUUGAUGCCUUCAAUCCCGUAAGCUGUGACUCCGAUUGGUUCUCCCGUUCCGGCUCUGCAUCAGACUCCGACCGCGACAUCAGCUGUUUUGUCACCGAUCUCUUCGAGCGUGGCAGCUCAGAGCAACGUGAUGGUUAUAGCGAUCGAAAUUCAGGUUUGUCUUUGAACGAGUUUGAAAUUGGGGGUUGUUCUGUAGGGGUUGACUUUGAAUUAGGUGAACGUUCAAGUCCACGAAGGGUCGAAUCGCUCGUGGAAGGACUUAGAGUUGUUCGAUUCGAUUCUGAGUCGGAUUCUGAAGAUGGUAAUUUUGGGGUUUUGGGUUUCAAUUCGUUGGACGAUAAUGAAGGCAGGAAUAAUGGAGUCAACGAUUGGGAUAUUCGAAGUCCUUUAAAUGGCCCUUGUCAGGAGGAUCAAAGGUCUCUCUAUGAAGAGUUUGAUUGGGAAGAAGUGGAGGAAAGAGUCAAUGAGAGAGAAAAUCUAAGCAUUGUGAUUGAUGACGAAUUUGAAGAAGAGGUACAAACAAUGGAGGAAUACGAGCCUGCAGAACAGGCAGCAAGAAACAUUGAGUGGGAAAUUCUGUUGGCGAUCAAUAAUCUAGCUAUGAAUUCGAGUUUGGAACGCAAUGUAGAUUCUGGUACCGAAUCCUAUUUCUCUGUUCAGGAUGAUUACAUUUAUGCUGUUGGUGGUGAGUACGAAACCCUUUUCGAGCAAUUCAUUGAAAGUGAGACUGCUUUGAAAGGUAGUCCUCCAGCUGCAAAAAGCGUUGUGGAGAAUCUUCCUUCUGUCGAGUUAACAAUGGAGGAGUUGCAGAAAAAUGAUGUGGUUUGUGCUGUUUGCAAAGAUAAGAUUUUAGUGGAGGAGAAGGUGAAGAGGCUACCAUGUUGCCACUACUACCAUGGGGAUUGCAUUGUGCCCUGGUUGGGCAUUCGUAAUACAUGCCCUGUUUGUAGGUACGAGUUGCCAACAGACGAUGCAGAUUAUGAGCUGAGGAAGAGCCAAAGGGCUCGCCGUGUCUCGCCAACAGAUUCCCAGGUCACAUUCAAUUUCGAGUUAUUUGCUUAAAUGUUUUCCAUGUGUAUAUACUCACUCCUUGUAUAUAGCUCCCGUAGGUGAAAAUUGUGUAUGAACCAUGUCAAAGAGUUUUAUGGAUUGUUGUAAUAGUGUAUAGUUUUUAAUAUUGGCUGCUACGUGCAAUCCAUGCAAUGUCAUUUGAAUAAUUUGCUUUUGAUAUCAAA